AUGGUUUCCCAAAUUCUAAAGAAUACUCUGAGACCUAAAGCACAUGAAGGAGUGACAACCCCUCAUGAAGACGUUGAUCAAGAUUUCGUUGGAGAUUUUUCAGCAUGUGAUCUAAGGGAAGUAAGCUACAUAGGCUCUCGAUACAAAAAUCUUGGGACAAGGAGUCACAGCCCCCAUUACGGUCCUAAGGAACGUUUUUAUACUCAUCAAAACGUGCCUCACGAGACCAAUAUCCAACCGAAGCAACAGUUUGCUAAAGGAGUUCAACAAAUGCAUUCGAGUGGUUUCCAAGGCGUUGAGUCAAGAGAGAUUUCGGAAAAAGAUUUUGAGCCCUUGAUAAAUGGGUUUCACUAUGAACUCAACAAGUUCAGAAAGGAAAUUCAUACUAGGAUGGAUAUAUUGGGACAUGACAUUAACAACAAGAUAGAAGAAAUUUCAUCUCAUGUUAAGCAAAUUUACCUCCAAAUUGCUUAUAUCGCCGGUACCAUUCGAAAACCGGAUGGGUUUUUUCCCAAAAAAGUUGAGGUGAACCCAAGAAGUGAACACGUGAAGGCCAUGACAUUGAGAAGUGGAAGACAACUAGAUGAGGUGUUAAUGCCAAAAGAAACCGGCAAUGAUGUUGUCAUAGAAGUGUUAGAAGAAGAUAAAGCUCCUAGUACAGAAGUUGACCAUGAGACUCAAGAAGAAGUCGAGAUUCCACCAGAAGUUGACCAUUCCCAAGUGCUUUGA